GACGGUAUGGCCGAAGAAGAUGAUCCAGUUGAGCACGAGAUCAAUGUCUUUCUGUCCAAGAGUUUGGCAGAGAAUCUUUACCUAUUGCAGUAUCCUGUUCGUCCUGCCCACAUGACUUAUGACCAUGUCAAGCACCUGUCAGCUCGAGUCAAACCGUCGCAGAGAAAGGUGGAGUUGGAGCUGCACGUGAACACCAGCAGUGCUAACUAUGCGCACAGUAAAGGAGAACAGAUCGCACUCAACGUGGACGGACCGGCUGCUUCUCGUGGGGCCGAUGUCACGUAUACCAGUGGUCUGAUGGACAGACAGGUUCUAACCUCAGUUCCCAGUACUUCCAGAACAGGAAGGUAUGCAGUGGGAUUACUCAAAGAAGGUGAACUGCAUUUGACUCCACUGAAUGCCGCUGUUCAGAUGCGACCGAGCUUCUCGUACCUAGACACGGUAGACACGCGGGUGAAGACAGAGCAAGCAGCAGCUGAUGCAGGAGACUCCUCCCAGGAAGAAGCGGAGGAGGAUGCCAAGCCAAUCACCGUCAAGUUCUCCCGUCCCGAGAGUGACGAGGCCAAGGCACGGAGGAUGGCGUCAUACGAGUUCCAUCGCCACAAGUAUGACGGAGAAUCGUGGGUUCCUGUCGAGUAUCAUGGACUGCAGGAUGACAUGGCUGUGUCUGAACGAAUGCUGCUUCAGGCCACACAGGGAGAUGACCUGUCGGAGUUUCAGCUGUUUCCCCGUGACUAUCUCGCACGACUCGUUCCUCCACACGUCGAGGAAAGAGAAGAGAAGCCUGCAAUGCCAAGUAACAUUCUUUCUCUGAGUCAGCUGAGAACCUUACCACUGGCCGACCAGAUUAAAGCUCUGCUGACAAAUGUGAAAGUGAUUCGAUUCAGUCAGUUGAUGGCACUGUUGCCGCAAGGUACAGACACUGUGUCUGCGCUGAGAUCUGUCCAACAGGUGGCUGUGCUCGUCCAGGGAUGCUGGGUGGUGAAAAGUGAUAUUCUGUACCCUAAAGAAGUGUGCAGUCCACACAGUGGUGUGUCAUCAGAGUACCUGUGUAGAGGAAGAGACUACAUGAUGUGGAAGUUUACACAGUCCAGACAUGUCAUUAGAAAAGAUAUUUCUUCCAUUGUUAAGCUUCCUGCUGAAGAUGUCAAGGACAUUCUGGAACAGAUGUCAAAGGUCAAAGCCAGUAAAGGAUGGGAGUUUCUGUUUGAUUAUGACAAAGAAUUCACUGAUAAAUACUGUGAAAUUGUUCAGCGGCAAAAGAUGUUGUGGGAUGCAAAGUAUCAGUCGCUGAGCAAACAGUUCAAGAUCCCCAAAGAAGCUGAGAAGAAAUCCAAAGCAGGUGAACAGUCAGUUGGCCAUACUGACAAACCAAGACGUCGCCGCACGUCUUCUAAAUCAUCGCCCAGUAAACGUGAACGCACGCUAAGCGGCCGAUCUCUGUCCGACCACAGUGACGUCGAGAUGGAGGCGGCCAAGAAUGUCGCUGCAGGUCCAGUGAACAUCACCGUGGAGCCAAUGGAAGUGUGCGAUUCCAAUCAUGUGAUAGCUAACGGACCAAUCGCUGAAUUGACUAACAGUGUGGUAGUAGAAAAUGGUGGCAAAUGUUCCUCAGACCUGAAGCAGGCUCUUAUCGCCUUCAGUAGAGAUAUUUUGAGGGAUAGACUGAUAUUCCCUCUGCACGAACUCAAGAGGUUGUUUGCCCUCAAGCUGCAGAUGUGUUCUCCGGGUCAUGUUCUAGGUUGUGGUGUGUCUGACAAACAGCUGGAAGAGUCCUUGAUAGAGGCUGGAGGGAUACGUCUUAACAAUCAGUGGCCACCAAACUCAACAAAUGAACCACUGUUUGCUCUACUGAGGAAAGGAGACCAAUAUGAUACAAUCCGUGGAGUCCUGUUUGACUUGUUUAGAUCUUCAUAUCAAAUUAGGAAAGAAGCAUUCCGAAAACGAAUUGAAGAGAAAACAGGGCAGGAACUGUCAGAUGCUGACUGUAAAAAAUUAAUGAGGGAGUACUGCGUGGUGAAGGCUGGCGGCUGGUGGUAUUUAAAAGGGACUGUGUCGGAAUCCUGACAUAGGGCAGGUCGUAGGAAGCAAAGUCUGUGAUUAUUUCAUCUCCGUGCAUUGUCAAGGUCAUUUGGGUGGAAUGGUGCCAUCAGCAGUCUAUUUCUGAGUUAUUCUACCUCUCAAGAAAUUCUUUAUCACUUUAUCAUCUUAUCCUAGUCAGCCUUGCUAAUAAUCGUAUCGAGAUAGGUAAAACAAACUACAGAGACGUAUGAUGGAUGAAGUUGUUAAAUCAUCUGUGAAUCAAUGGAUCUCUAUAUGUCUCCAUGCAUGAUUGAGAUGUAAAAUACAGUGUCUGUUUUGUUGCAGGACUCAUUCCAUCAGUAGCAAAAUUAACCAAAUUAACCAGGGGCCUAAUUCACUAAGCUCUCACAACUUUGCGAUGUCGCAGUGCAGUGCUAAAAGACUUGCAAAGAGGAUGCUUUGUUGUCUAGCAGAGCCUGAGAGAGCUUUGUGAAUUAGGCCCCCGAUUAGUUUAACUGUAUUUGGAGAGUAAUCUUCCAGCAUACAUUUUUUUUAAGAUACUGAAAUCCUCCAAAUUUCUCAAAUUGGAUCCCCUGACAUGGUCGCACCUCAUUUUCUUUUUUUCCUCCCCACCACCUUUUAUGUUUUCCUGUUGCCUCAAAUUGUGUAACAGUGGGAAUUAACAGACCAUGUGUUCCCUACCCCCAAUACAAAAUACUGGCUACGCCAAUAAAUUAUGUGAAGGAAAAUCAUGUUGUUCGAGUCUCGAGUUUAGAGUUCUUUUCAAGACAUUAAAAUCUGUUUUGUUUAUAGUUUUCAACACUUGUUUUGGAUUAAGUAAGCAGACUGUAAUUUCAUUUUUUUCAAGUCAUUAGUAGUGAAAUAUUUGUUUUCAUUGUUAGUGAACUGUUUUUUUCUUUUUUCUUUUUCUUUGGGUUUUUUUGGGGGGGAGGGGAAUAAUCAAUGUAUAACAGUCACAAAUGAUAUAAACUUACAUAGCAUGGAGAAGAAAUGUUAUUCUAAAUUUGUAGCUUGUACAUCAGUGAAAAGGAAAACUUUUUUUAUAAAUAGAAACAGUAUAAAUAAUACAGUCCAAAAUAAACACAAAUUAUCUUUUAUCCUUACUGUGAUUCUUCUUUCAUAGUAAUAAUUUGUUCUGUCAAAAAACAUAACAUUCUGUUGUCAGCGGUGUAAUCCAUUCAGAAUGCAGAUAUCAGGUUAAUCAAACCGUCGAGUUUCAAAGUUAUCUGAUCAUAUGGUGGUUUCGUUUCCACAAAAGGUCAUGAUUCAUUGCAUGGCAGGGUAUCAUAAUUUCACCUUUCAUCCAAGGUGAUUUAGGAGACAUGGAUAUUGUAAAAAUACAACGAGCAGUUUGUCAGUUUGCUGGCAGAAAAAAAAAGAAAUCAAUGCAAGUGCUUUUGUCUUCAUCAUGUAUGGUUGUAAUAAUAAAUAUUUAUCAAUA